AUGAGACCAGGAUUGGCUCUGGUCGUACUCAUAGAGACCAAAUUGAAAGGAAAAGGACAAGAGACAUCAGGUGAAUAUGUGCAUAUCUGGAGUGGUCUAGGAAGAAAUCACAAGCCCAUACACCAAUGCACCAAUUCACAUGGUAAGCCUGGAUUCCAAUCGUCUAUACUGGAUUAUUGCAUCACCAGACAAAAAUUAAGUUGUAAAUUGGAAGAUGUUAAGGUGUUCAGGGGUUGGAAAUGUGGAACUGAUCACUUCAUGCUCCAGACCAAGAUUCUUUUCCCGUGGAAAGGUGGACGGGGUCUAAAAGAGGGACGCUGCGAAGCAGAGAGUAUCACCUUACCAAAGUACAAACUAUAUCUCCUUAUGGAGGACAGUGUUGGAAGGUUAUACAGAAGCAGACUAGAGGAAAAAUUAGAUCUGAGACAGGGAAGCAAUCUUUCGGAAAAAUAA